AUGGCCGACGAAGGAUUUGAUCUAUGUGAAUGUAUAUGGAACCAUGAAUUUGCUAUGCAACGCCUACUUUCUAUUUUGCGACAGAGUCAAAAUUACUGUACAGAUAAUGAAUGUUUUGAUAUGUCACGAUUACCAGGGCCACGCGAUGUUUCAUCGUGGAAUUUAAAUUUUUUCAUGAUUUUAUUAAUUAUUGUAUUUGUUAUCCUUAUGUAUGCUCUUAGACCACAGUCUCUUCGUCAUUUAAACAAUGAUAUUGCUAAAGAUCGAAACAACGAACGUGAUUCGCAUGACGAUCCUCCAGUACCACCACCGACAAUACAAUAA